AUGUCGGAGGUAAGUUUCCACUGGGUGAUGGGGCUAUUGGCUUGCCAGAUGGCAUCUGCUUAUUUCUUCUCCCUCCUCGUCCGUGCCUAUCACAACGGCGUUGGUACCGCGGAUCGGAUCUACGAAGAGUUGCCCAUGGUUUGUGGUUUCUUAUCACUGAUUCUCACUCUUAUACAUCUUUACGGGAUCUUGGGAAUUGCAUAUCUUCCAGUUUCUCCUCCGAUCGCUCUCUUGGGUCUGCAACUUGCAAAAAGCUCCUGCCUGAAGAGUUCAGCAACAAUCAGCCCAAGGAAGCAGUGA